AUGUCCCGUUAUCACAUCCUUCUCAAGGCAGCGAAUGUAGCUGCACUCAUUUUGGCAUUAUCUAUCAAUGUUUACUUCUCUUCCGAACACAAAAAGCAUUCCGAAGGAAACAUAACUACCAGCAUUCAUAAUAAUAAAACUUAUCCGUCUACCCACAUUUUGCCUGCUGGUUACACUUUUGGGAUCUGGGGACUUAUUAAUACCCUGCUUGUAGGUUUCGUCAUCUAUCAAUGGUUCGAACCCGCUAACGACGUGACUGUUGAUGGAAUUCGAUAUUAUCAUGUUGUCGUCAAUGUUCUCAAUGCGACGUGGUUAAUUAUUUGGGAAAAUGGUUAUCCUUUGAUAGAUACGUUCGUCAUCGCAGCUCUCCUCGCGGUGUUAUUUCUGAUCUACCGGAACCUUUCCUUUUAUCCACCACAGAAUCUCGCUGAUCGCCUCUUUAUUCAUUAUCCUUUUACAAUUUAUCCAGCGUGGAUCUUGAUAGCAACCAUCUUAAAUGUAUGGGUUGCAGUUAGUGCCUUGGAUACCGAGCUCUUUUCUGCAAUUAUUAUCAUAGUUAUCGGUCUCGUUGGUUUGUGUUUUGUCGACUUCAAGCACGACAUCGUGUUCGCCACCACGCUUGCAUGGUCUCUCGUUGGCAUCGCAGUUAGGCAACACGAAACUUUGCCAGUUCUCGUUUCCGCCUCGAUAUCGACCGGUCUUAUAUUAGGAAGUAUCUUGAGAGAAGGCAUUGCCUUAUGUUGCUCUCGUCAUCGAGAUUCGGUCAACGAGAGAACCCAUUUAUUAAGUCCUUAA